GGUAGAAAUAAUAGGAAGGUGUAUUUUAGGAGAUACCUUUAAAUUGUUUAGAAAUGAAGUGUUUAUAAUCUGACCCCUAGAGUUCAAGGGGCGGGGUCACGAGAGAAAAAGAGGAGAUUUUUCUAGAGAGUUCGGGAGUGCAAGAAGCAAGAGAAAAGAGUACACACUUGUAGUGUCUAAAGACUGAGAAAAAGAAAAGGAUUUUGAUUUGAAAGUAGAAACAUUGAACAGCUUAAAGACUGUUGAUGGGAGGAACUGAGUGUCGACAAGACGCUGAGCUCAAAAAUUAUAGUUUAUAUUCAACAGUUGCGUGAACCUAAAGUGUGUGCGUGCGCAACGCUCCAAGAGAGUGUCGCAGUUUAUCUUGUUUUUUUUUGUUUCAUCUGUGAAAGUAUUCGGAAGAGAGACAAUACCCGUGUUUUAUUUUACAUUAAAGUGUUAAGAAAUGGUUGAAGUGUUCGGAGCUCAAGGGAUGACUGAGUGAAUGCGGAGCGAUUUAUUAGGAGAGACCGACGUGCUUUCGUGGCCUUGUGAGUACUCCUAACUGUUCGCUAACACAUUAAUUUGAGCUCUUACCUUGCGCGCCUACAAGAGACGUAAAUCCCAGCUGGGAAGGCACUCACAGGUGGGUGAAGCUUUGUGUUCACAGCAAAAGACUCCCCCAGCCACCUCCACCAGAAGAUAGGGAGAUUGAAAACCCAGAGGGAGCAAGCAACAAAAGACUUGCGGUUAACCUUUAAUCUCAUCAAAAGACACCAGAGGAAGUUCUGUGACAGGAGAUAAAACGGACUGACUCAGAACUGCUGCCUAAAGAACCUGAUGAGCAUUCCAUUCAAUUAUAUACACAUCUCAAAGUGGCAUAACUAUGAACUUUAAAAGACUGUGCCUUCUGAAAGGGUGCCUCCAUUGACCCAUCAACUCAAGUGACACAUCUCAGAUCCAAAAAUAGACACAGGACCGGGUUGCUGCAAUGUCUCCAUCUGUGGGCAAAAUACUUUGCUGGACCAGCCAUUACAGUCAGGCCUCAACGUUGGUUCUUCUCUACCUCUUCCUAAUUGCUUUGGCUGCAAGGCCCAAAGGUCCAGGCCACACACAUCUGAACUCUAUUCGGAUUGAUGGGGACAUCUCACUGGGUGGCCUGUUUCCAGUUCACUCUCGGGGCCACGAGGGCAAACCCUGUGGUGAACUAAAAAAGGAAAAGGGGAUCCAUCGUCUGGAGGCUAUGCUCUUUGCUCUGGACCGCAUCAACAAUGACCAUGAACUGCUUCCCAAUAUCACGCUGGGAGCCCGCAUCCUGGACACUUGCUCACGGGACACCCACGCUCUGGAGCAGUCGCUCACAUUUGUCCAGGCUCUCAUUGAAAAGGAUGGGACGGAUGUCAAAUGCCAAGGUGGUGGAUCGCCCAUCAUUACCAAGCCUGAAAGAGUGGUGGGUGUAAUUGGAGCUUCUUCCAGUUCUGUGUCCAUCAUGGUGGCAAACAUCCUCCGCUUGUUUAAGAUUCCCCAGGUGAGUUAUGCCUCCACGGCGCCGGAGCUGAGUGACAACACACGUUAUGACUUCUUCUCCCGUGUGGUACCUCCGGACACCUACCAGGCACAGGCGAUGGUGGACAUUGUUAGGGCCAUGCGCUGGAACUAUGUGUCCACUGUGGCAUCUGAGGGCAAUUAUGGAGAGAGUGGUGUCGAUGCAUUUAUCCAAAAAUCCCGGGAAGACGGGAGUGUUUGUAUCUCACAGUCGGUGAAGAUCCCCCGUGAGCCAAAACCUGGAGAAUUUGAUAAGAUUAUUCAGAGGCUGGGAGAAAAUCCAAAUGCAAGAGUUGUUAUUAUUUUUGCAAAUGAGGAUGAUAUAAGGCGGCUACUGCAAGCAGCGAAGAAGGCCAAUCAGACGGGUCAUUUCCUGUGGGUGGGGUCAGAUAGCUGGGGCUCGAAGAUAUCGCCUGUUCUUCACCAAGAGGAGAUGGCAGAGGGAGCUGUCACCAUCCUACCUAAACGACAGUCCAUCAGAGGCUUUGAUCGCUACUUCACCAGUCGAACGCUCGAGAACAACCGGAGGAAUAUCUGGUUCGCAGAGUUCUGGGAGAACAAUUUCAACUGCAAGCUCAGUCGCCAUGCCUUGAAGAAGGGAUCUGGCCUUAAAAAAUGCACAAAUCAAGAAAGGAUUGGACAUGACUCAUCCUAUGAGCAAGAGGGCAAAGUGAUGUUUGUGAUUGAUGCUGUGUAUGCAAUGGCCCAUGCCCUUCACAACAUGCACAAAGACCUCUGUCCUGGAAAGGUGGGACUCUGUUCUAAAAUGGACCCUGUUGAUGGAACCCUCCUGCUAAAGUACAUUCGCAAUGUCAAAAUAUCAGGCAUAGCCGGCAAUCCAGUGCACUUCAACGAGAAUGGAGAUGCCCCAGGCCGCUACGAUAUCUACCAGUACCAGAUAAACAAAACGGCCGAAUACAAAAUCAUCGGCCACUGGACUGACCAGCUUUACCUAAAUAUGCGGGCAAUGCAAUGGCCAGGUGGGGGGAAGCAGGUGCCAUCAUCUAUUUGCAGUCAGCCCUGCAAACCAGGAUGGCGCAAGAAAAUCGUUAAGGGCAUUUCCUGUUGCUGGCACUGCGAACGUUGCGAUGGGUACCAGUACCAAGCAGACCUCUACAGCUGCAAGAUGUGCCGCUUUGAUUUGAGACCCAACAAGAACCACACAGGUUGCCAGCCUAUCCCUAUUGUGAAGCUGGAGUGGAGCUCACCUUGGGCAGUCAUACCUGUCCUAAUCGCCAUUCUUGGCAUCAUAGCCACGCUUUUUGUGGUGGUCACCUUCAUCCGCUACAAUGACACGCCAAUUGUCAAGGCAUCCGGCCGAGAGCUUAGCUAUGUCCUGCUCACAGGCAUAUUUCUUUGUUAUGCUACCACUUUCCUUAUGAUCUCCACCCCAGAUGUUGGGAUUUGCUCACUGCGGCGAAUUUUCCUAGGGCUCGGAAUGAGUAUCAGCUAUGCGGCGUUACUUACCAAAACCAACCGGAUUUAUCGGAUUUUUGAGCAGGGGAAAAUGAUGGUCAGCGCACCACGAUUCAUCAGUCCAGCUUCACAGUUGGUAAUCACCUUUAGCCUGAUCUCAGUUCAGCUCCUAGGGGUGUGCAUCUGGUUCAUAGUAGACCCUUCCCAAGCUCUCAUUGACUAUGAGGAUCAACGCACGGCAGAUCCCGAGAUGGCUCGCGGAGUUCUAAAGUGUGACAUAUCAGAUUUGUCGCUCAUCUGCCUUUUGGGAUACAGCAUGUUACUGAUGGUCACGUGCACGGUGUACGCCAUCAAGACACGAGGGGUUCCUGAGACCUUCAACGAGGCCAAGCCCAUCGGCUUCACCAUGUACACCACCUGCAUCAUCUGGCUCGCCUUCAUCCCCAUCUUCUUUGGGACAUCGCAGUCAACGGAAAAGAUGUACAUACAAACAACCACACUGACCAUCUCAGUGAGUCUGAGUGCGUCUGUGUCUCUUGGGAUGCUCUACAUGCCGAAAGUUUAUGUGGUGCUCUUCCACCCGGAGCAGAAUGUGGCCAAGCGGAGCACUCGCAGUCUGAAAGCUGUAGUUACUGCUGCUACCAUGUCUAACAAGUUCAACCCCAAAGCCAGCCUGAGGCCCAACGGAGAAGCCAAGUCUGAGCUGUGUGAGAACCUGGAAACUCAGGGACUCAGCCCUAAACAAACGUACAUCAGCUACAGCAACCAUGCAAUCUAGGUAAGUGAUAAAAGGCCACUACAAAAUCAAAAUCCCAGAGUGACCCCUGGAAGACAGCAUUUCAAGAUAAAUCACUCAAGUUAGCCAGUUGGAAGGGAGAUACCAGAUGGUUUGAAGACCCCACAGACAUGUUUCCAUUAAUGAAGCUUAUGUGAAGCCACAUAGGGAGCAUCUGGGGAGGCCAUGCCCAUGACUGUUGAGACGAUCGUGUUGGAAUGACGGACUGUCACCCAGACAAUUUCAUUACAGCUUGCUCUAUCUAUUCCAGAUGUCAUUGUUAAAGUGAUACACACUAAUUAAGGACCACAUGUCAGUGUCCGCUGUUUCAUUGAUGCUAACACUAUGUGGUGGCUAAAAAAAAAAAGAAAAAAAAAAAAACAAAGAAA